AUGAAGGCCUUGUAUUGUCAGCAGAAUUCGUCUGGAGAGGAAAUGACGUUUGUCUUCCAGGAAAGGGAAAACCUUCCUCCUACAAGAGACAAUGAUGUGAAAGUACAAGUUAGAGCGUGUGCACUGAGCUGGAUAGAUACAAAGCUCCUGUCAGAAAUGAAACUUGAGAAGGAGCUUCUACCUGUUGGUCGAGAAAUUUCUGGAGUUGUACUGGAAGUUGGAAGAAAGGUGACCUUUUUUCGGCCGGAUGAUGAAGUGGUGGGAAUUUUGCCUCUGGAUUCUGAAGAGUCUGGUCUUUGUGAAGUCGUUCUGGUUCAUGAGCAUUAUUUGGUUCGUAAACCAGAAAAAGUCUGUUGGGUUGAAGCGGCCGGGACUGUUCGUGAUGGUGUCCGAGCAUACACAGCUUUACACUACCUUUCCCAAGUCUCUCCUGGAAAAACUGUCCUUGUCAUGGAUGGAGCGAGUCCAUUCGGCACAAUAGCUAUUCAGCUAGCACAACACAGGGGGGCUAAAGUGAUCUCCACUGCGUACAGUCUCGAAGAUAAGCAGUACCUGGAGAGGCUUAGGCCUCCUGUGGGUAAGUUAUAUUCUUCAGUGCUAAAGUUCAUGCUAAAGAGUG